AGCAGUUUCUCUGUCACUAAACACAAUUGAACCAAGCAUUCUCUGAACUAUUCCCAUCCAUCUCAUAAUUCAUGGAGAUCCACAUUCCGUCCUCCUCUGCCCUUUUCACCUUCUUCCUCUUCUUGGUCAUGAUGAUCCACAUCUUAUGCAGAAUCAAAUCCAAACAACCAACACCAAAGUUACCUCCAGGUCCAUGGAAACUGCCUAUAAUAGGAAACAUGCACCAGCUUACUGACUCACUUCCCCAUCACUCUUUGAGAAAAUUGGCCAUGAAAUAUGGACCUCUCAUGCACUUGAAGCUUGGUGAAGUUUCAAACAUCAUUGUUUCUUCGCCCGAAAUUGCGAAAGAUGUUCUCAAAACCCAUGACACAACCUUUGCCAAUAGGCCAUUCCUUCUUGCUGCAGAAAUCUUGGCCUAUGACUCUACUGGCAUUUCAUUUUCUCCAUAUGGGAAUUACUGGAGACAGCUGAGGAAAAUUUGCAGCAUGGAAUUGUUAAGUGCAAGCCGUGUCAAAUCGUUCGGAUCCAUAAGAGAAGAGGAGGUAUCAAAUUUCAUCAGAACAAUAUAUUCGAGUGAAGGGCAAGUAAUCAAUCUUACAGAGAAAAUCUUUUCAUUGAAUUAUGGGAUCACAGGAAGGGCGGCUUUCGGUUCAAAAGCCAAAGAUCAAGAAACGUUCAUAACCAUUGCCAAGGAAAUCACAAAGCUUGCAGGAGGGUUUUAUAUUGCAGACAUGUACCCUUCAAUCAAAAUGCUUCAACUGGUUGGUGGACUGAGGCAUAAACUUGAGAAAGUUCAUGCAGAGGCUGAUAGGAUACUUGGAAACAUCUUAAGUGACCAUAAAAAGAAGAGGAUGAAAAGAAGUGAAUUCUAUGAAGAUGAAGAGGCAGAUGAACAGGAAGAUUUAGUUGAUGUUCUUUUGAAAUUUCAGGAUGGUGGCCAGCUUGAUCAUCCCCUAACCGACAGAAACAUCAAGGCAGUUUUUUUGGACAUUUUCACUGCUGGGAGUGAGCCAUCGUCAACAGCUAUAGUUUGGGCAAUGUCAGAAUUGGUGAAGAAUCCAAAUGUAAUGGAAAAGGCACAAUCCGAGGUAAGAAGGGUGUUCGAUGGGAAAUCAAACGUAGACGAAACGAAAAUCCAUGAACUGGAAUACUUAAAAGCAGUUAUCAAAGAAACACUGAGAAUUCACCCUCCUGUUCCACUGUUGCUUCCAAAAGAAACAAGCCAGAGCUGUGUUGUGAAUGGAUAUUACAUACCAAAGAAGACCAAAGUGAUUGUAAAUGCAUGGGCAAUUGGAAGAGACCCAAAGCAUUGGACUGAGCCUGAGAAGUUCAACCCUGAAAGGUUUCUGAAUAAUAGUGUUGAUUUCAAAGGACUAGAUCUUGAAUACAUUCCAUUUGGUGCUGGAAGGAGGAUAUGUCCUGGUAUGAUAUUUGGUAUGAUUGCUGUUGAGUUGAUUCUUGCUCAGUUGCUUUUUCAUUUUGAUUGGAAACUUCCAAGUGGUUUUAAGCCUGAAGAUUUAGAUAUGACUGAGGUUUUUGGCUUAUCUAGCAGAAAAAGAGUAGAUCUCUGCUUGAUUCCCAUUCCUCAUCAUCCUAAUAUAUUUUCUACAUAA